AUGUGCGUGCGGAUCUCCCGCAACACCUACCCCAACCUCCGCGCCCUCCGCAACGCCUCCCAUGUCGGUCUCACCGACGCCCCACAUGUCAAGAUCUCCGAGGGCGACUUCGGACACAUCCUUGACGACGUGCCCCACCUCGCUGACUACUACAUUCCGAUAUGGAGUAUUGGUUCUCCUGAUCCUAACUUCACAUUAGAUGGCCACUCAAAAGGCGUGAACCGUGUUGAUUACUUCACCGGUGGUGAUCGACCAUUUUUUAUUACUGGAUCUGAUGAUCAGACUGCAAAGAGAUGUGUUCAAACACUUGAAGGAUAUGCACACAAUGUGUCUGCUGUCUGUUUCCAUCUAGAACUACCUAUUAUAAUUACUGGCUCAGAGGAUGGCACAGUUCGCUUGUGGCACUCUACAACCUACAGGCUUGAGAACACUCUUCAUUAUGGUCUUGAGCGAGUUUGGGCUUUAGGAUACAUGAAGGGGUCAAGAAGGAUUGUGAUUGGAUAUGAUUUAGGGAAAAUUAUGAUAAAAAUUGGCCGUGAAGUUCCAGUUGCUAGCAUGGACAACAGUGAAAAAAUCCUAUGGGCAAAACAUAAUGAAAUCCAAACUGUUAGUAUCAAGACUGUUGGUGCAGGCAAUGAGGUUCUUCUUCUUUGCCAUGUUAAAUGUGCAGGAUUGUCUGUCGUUAGUUUAGCUGCUACGUCGGAUCUGAUGCUGUUUUCGCCGAUAUAUAGGUUUCUAGGUAUCUGCUGCAAGGCUUGGAUUGACGAUCUUGAGACGGCCCUCACGGGAGUGGUCGUCGCCCCCGGUCAACUAUGGUCACCUCCGUUAGCACCCACCGGCAGGAUCCCCCUCCCCCUCGCCUCCCCCUUAUCCACCAUUUCAUGUCCACCACUGGGAGGAGCGGCGGUUGCCGCUGGCGCAUAUGCAAAGCCUGGAGACAUCGCCAUCGACGGGAGGAGAAGGACUGUCUUCGUCGCGUUUGUGCACUUCCGUGAAGAGGACAACUCGAGGUGAGGAGAACCGCUUGGCAGGAGGAGCUCGAGCCGAGGCGAGUCGCCUCUGAUUCUGCAACGCGCUCGAUGUCUGCCUCUUCCCCCACAAGCACACACGAGAGGCCAGGCCUUGGACUAGGUAGAGCAGGAGCAGUUCCAUCUCCCUCACCAAUGCAUCACCGCCCUCAUCUUGAUCAAUAAUGAACUGGAGAAUGUAGUUGAGCACAAAGCAAAAAGGGUGAUGUUUGCCCAUAGAUGCCUGAUGAUGAUCAUUUCCUGGUGAGUUUGUGUUGCUCAUAGAGAACUUGAAAUAGUCAUGGAUGGACCUGUGAAUGAAACAAUAACAGGCAUGCAUUCGUUAUGCUCUUGGUAGAUAUUUUCUAAUUAUGCUUGUGCCUGUCAAUUUGUAUUAAUGUUUAUUUUGUAUUGCUCUACCUACAUUUUUUUGUUAAAUGCCGCGUCUGUCGAUAUUGUUUCAUUUGCACACAACUAGCUAUCGUCGGGUACAACACUAAUGUCGCUAUUUAGAUCCUAAACUAUGCCCUUUAUUAUUAACAUACCCUUCUGAAUUUUCUUGCAGUUGUAGGUUUGCUAACAGUUCUUGGGUCGUCUUGCAUGAUUUUGCUUUUAUACAUAUAUAUUUAUUUGAACUGUGGCUUUUCUGAUGCACCUGUGCUAUUGUUUCCUCUAUUGAGAUGCUGAAUGUUUUUCCUUUUACUAUACAUCUGUAUCUACUUAUUGGCUGGAUGUUUUCUUACCCAUUUUGUUUUCUUCUUUGAGAAGGCUAUACGUGCUCUUGGAAUUAUGCAAGCUAUGAAAAAGUGUUAUAUUAUUUCAUCUCUCUGCCGCCUCUCGACAUUUCCAUUAUGAGAUAUAUUGAGUAAUACAGAUAUAUUGUCUAUUGCCGGGGUUAGUUAAAACGGGGCCAUGUGGAGUCCACCAUGGGUUAAUAAUGUUGAGGUCUUUUGCAUAUCUCAUUUGAGAAAAGACCAUUAUUUGAAUGCUGAUUUAAUGUGCCUUUUAUGCUUUGUUCUUCUAGAAGAGUACAACGCUGGGUGGAUAUUCUUCUACCUUAGCAGAUGAGAUCGAUUGUAUUUCAAGGUAUGUACUUUCGCUUGCCCCAUAAGUUUAUAACAGUGUCUAUCUUUGUCGUGUCUGCUUAUUUCAUUGCUUUUCUCUUAAAAUGGACAAGAUGAGACACUGACGGGAAAAGAAGCUUUGCCCUCCGAACAUGAAGCCUAGGCUCUAGACUGGGUAUCUCUUAAAGUAAUCAUACUUUUGGUGCGUUUCGUGUGAUCCUCAUAUUCGUUAGUUAGUUAACCCAUAUGCUAUACAUUCCUCUUACAUGCAUUUGAGGAUUGGCUAUGCAUGACCUUAUCAUUUUGGUCAUGACCGUGCAAAGAAAUGAUGGCUCGGCUGUAGGGGCAUAUCAACAGAUGCUAGCUUGAGUUGGUCCUUUGUUCUCAAUGGAUUUGUUAUUAUUAUGCCCUGUCACCCAACAUACAUUGUUCUGAAUUUGUACCUCCUAUUUUAUUCUGUUGUACUGUCCAUGGACAAGCAAAUAUUGUGGUUAGCAUAUAAGACUAAGUUGUAUUGAAUGUUUAAUAGUUGUCGUAACGUGAGCUGCCAUAAAACACAAGAUCUUUGAUUGUGGUGCAGAUUUGUCAAAGACGGGAAGAAGUAUCCCUAGGAGGAAGACAGGAUCCUGGGUGGAAAAUUGGUGAAAGUGUGUACGACCAUGGGAAAUGGAUGCCUCCUGCUACCAGCUGCGCCCUGAGGUGUGUUUCUUUGCAGGUAUCUGAUUAGGUCAAAAGCGACAGGAACUUUAUGUACGCUGAGUACUCUCUUUCGCCUGGCAUAGUGAAUGAGAACAAAUCAAAAUUAGUGGACCAAGUUAUAUGUGCUAUCCUUUUACUGGGUGUACAGAGAACAUAUUCCAGCAUGUA